AAAAGGAAAUCCAUACGCAACAUCCGAUCCAAAAGAGCAAUAUAUCGCCAUAAAAGUUCAAAAUUAUUAUGUCAGACAUGAUACAGAUGGAGAAGUGUCUGAUCCCAAAGUUUUUUCAAUGUUUGGUUUCGUGCGAUUGUUUCAACAC